GUCCAGGCCGGAACUCAAGAUGGCUGCGCUCCUGUUGAGACAGGUUGGCCGUCAUUGCCUCCGUGCCCACCUUAGUCCUCAGCUCUGUAUCAGAAAUGCUGUUCCUUUGGGAACCACAGCCAAAGAAGAGAUGGAGAGGUUCUGGAAUAAGAACGCUGGUUUAAACCGUCCUCUGUCUCCUCAUAUCACUAUCUACAGUUGGUCGCUUCCCAUGGCGAUGUCCAUUUGCCACCGCGGUACUGGUAUGGCCUUGAGUGCAGGGGUCUCUCUGUUUGGUUUGUCGGCCCUCUUGCUCCCUGGGAACUUUGAGUCCCAUCUGGAACUUGUCAAGUCCCUGUGUCUGGGGCCAUCGCUGAUCUACACAGCCAAGUUCGCUCUUGUCUUCCCUCUCAUGUAUCACACCUGGAAUGGGAUCCGACACUUGAUGUGGGACCUCGGGAAAGGUCUGAAGAUCCCCCAGCUGUACCAGUCUGGAGUGGCUGUCUUGGUUCUUACUGUGUUGUCCUCUGUAGGGCUGGCAGCCAUGUGAAGAGUGAAGUUCCCAGCAUUGUCUUCCCAUAAAUGAUUCACUGAUCUGUC